AUGGCUGUAGCUGAUAUGGAUACUUUGACAGCUAUGUUUGAGAAAUUUAAAGAGGAUAUCAAUGCCAGUACCGAGAAAAUUAUCGAGCAAGAGAUAAGUGCGCUCAAUCUCUCAUCAAUCAUAGUCGAGCAAAAUAGGAGAAUUGAAGAGCUGGGCAGAGAAAACGAGGAGCUCAAACGAGAACUAAGAAAGCAUAACACUGCCAUUGAGAGUAUUAAAAGAGAAAAUAAUCUAAUAUUCUACGGAGUUAAAGAGUCUGAAAACGAGACGCGAGAACAGGCCAUGGAAAAAAUCAGGGAUUUAUGUAAUGAAAUAAUAAAGGUGGAACUCAGAAUAGAUGAUAUAAACUUUGUUAAAAGGCUAGGCGUGAAAACUAAUUCUAAAGUUCGUCCUAUUAUGUUGUCGUUGGUCUCUGUAGUUAAAAAGUACAGUAUUCUGGACAACUGCGGCAGGCUCAAGAAUUCCAAAAUUUUUGUCGCUCGGGACCUGGAUAAGGAAACGAGAGAGAAACGCAGAGAACUAAAUGAGGCGCGAAAGCUACUAAAAGAUAAGCACAAUGUUAAAGUAAGAGUGAAUGCUUUGGAGAUCGAUGGGAAGAUUGUAAGCUACGAGGACGUUAAACGUGAAUAUAUGCAAUCUGAUAAUGAGAAAUCUGAUAAUAUAGGCGACCCAUCGUUGCCGAACCAGAGAAAGAGGAAGGGAGAUGCACUAUAG